AUGUCUCGUACUGUGUUAAAUCCUGGGAAGCAAAGAUUUACAUCACUUGAAGAAACAGUCAGUUCCAGCAUUGCAAAGGCUAUGAUGAUCAGCCAGAGAGAAAUGCUGGUCCAUCUGCAGACCCAUCCUGAGUUGAGCUUACGAUAUACCAAUGGAUUUCUUGAAUGGCAGGACCCGCAAUAUAUGUUUUGUAUUUUAGAAAAGGAUUUAAGGGUUCGCAGACGAGUGUCAUUAAUCAGCAGGGAAGAGCUAGAAGACAAAUUUCUACACCUCCAUGAGGAGAACCUACUGCUCAAGGACUAUGCCAGAAAGCAAGAAGACAAAAUCAAGAGAAUGGCCACCAAAUUGCUACGUUUGACUUCAGAACUUGGACAGACAGGGGAAAGUAAAACAGUGAGUUCAAGGAGAGAUGGAAGAGAUUUAGAGGCAGAAGAGACAAUUGAAGAUCUGCAGGACCGUGUGAGAGACCUGGAGCGCCGAAAUGAAUCCUUAAGAAAUCGAUUGACUACAUACAAGCAGCGCCUACAGAUCCAAGAAGUAUGCCGACACUGUCCUUACAGCACAGUAACAGCAAGAAUCAACUCUGGUGUUAGGAGAAAUACAGCUCUGCCAGAAAAGACAAAGAGAGGUCUACGGGUGCAAGGACUCGAAAAAAGCAUCCCACACGUAUCUAUUGAAAGUUAUGGAGAUGCCCUCAGUGAUGAAGCCAGAGCAGAGAUUGACCAGCUAUUCCACGUUGUUGAAAGUCAAAACCACAAAGUUGAUGAGAGAUCCGCCAUGUUGUUGAAGAACACAGAGACUGCGAGGCACAAGUAUAUGAGUCUAGAGGUGCUGCACUCUCUUCAGCAAAUGCAGCAGGCUGAAGAUCACAGAGCUGUCCUCCGGGAGAAUGUGAUACAGAUCCGUUUGCAGAAGGAGCUGAGGGAGAAAAAUGCAAGUCUAUGUGCCCUCAGGGAACAAUUUCAACAACUUAAAGAGUCUUAUGAAACUGAACUAGAAGAGAAGCAAAAAUCUCUGAUACUGAGCAACAAGGCUGUCUUGACUCAGUUAGAGGACCUCAGCUCACAACUGAAAGAAGAACGGGCCAAGGUAGUGGCCUUGGAAUUAGAAAAGCAAAGUGUGCUCAACCUACAAAAGUCACUGUUGGAGUUCCAAGAGAGGGUUGGUGAUGUUGAAAAAGAGAAAGAACUUAUCAAACAGCAUUAUGAAAACCUACUCAAAAGUACUCUGGACUCUGAUUGCCAUACGUCUUGGCAGGAGACAGAAAAGGAAUUAAGGAAUCAGAUUUCUGACUUGGAUAACCAAAACCGCACAAUUAUGUCUGAGCACAUGCACAACAAAGAACGGGUCUUGCAUGAGAGAGAACUAAAUGAACAACUAAAGCGGGAGGUAUCUCAACUGCAGAUCCAACUCUUAGAGAAGAUUGAUGAAGUCCACAGGCUAGAGGAGAAAGUGUCAUCCAUUUUAUCUUCAAGAGCUACAAGAGAUCACCAGAACAAAGAAGAGACAUCUCACAGAAUGGCGACUCCUGAAAAGGCAAACUAUGUAAAGCUGACAGAAAUGAAUAAACCGGAGAAGAGAGGGGAUGAAGAAACAGGAAGGACCUGGGAAAUUGAGAAGAAUGUAGAUCAAACUAGAAAGGUAGAGGACACCAGGCAUAAAGAGACCAUGGACAAUGGAACAGAGAAAGAAGAAAAAAACAGGAGAGAAGAGGAGGAGAAGGAAAUGUUAAGGAAGAUUCACAGAAUGGAUGCAGCACAUGCUGAGACUAUCCUUGAAUUAGACAAGACUCGAGAAAUGCUAUUGUUACAACACAAAAUCAAUAAUGAUUAUCAGGAGGAGCUUCAGACACUGAGACUUAGAGCUGAAAAUGGAAGCAGAGAGAAAGAGGAGACAGAACAAGUCUAUAAAGCCAGGCUGCUGCAGCGUGAAUCCAAGAUCCAGAAGCUGGAGGCUCAGCUCAAGGACAUUGCAUAUGGGACCUAUCCCCCCCGAGCAAUCACAAAGGAGUCCCCUUCUUCUGAUGAGGAUAUUUCCUUUACUCCAGUCCUACACAGAGGGGAGACUCUUUUUGAGAUUCACAUUGGGGGCAUCUGUUUCUCACCACACGGUCUGAGAAGAGUUUGUGAUCCAGAGCCAGUCACCUUCUGCAUCUACUCUUUCUAUGACUUUGAGACACAUGCUACACCCGUUGUGAAUGGCGCACAGCCUCAAUAUAACUUCACCUCUAGUUAUGCGGUCAUUCCUAUUGGUGACUUCUUGCACUAUCUCAGGGUGGGGACUUUAACAGUUGAACUAUAUCAAGUCAUUGGGGGUGAACAUUGUGAACUGGCAAGGGCCCGAAUAAGUCUUGAAGCAACGCUGCAAAGCAGAGACAGAGUAUACAGAACCACCAUCCUUACAGAUACCAGUGGGGAAAUCAUUGGGGAAUUGGAUUAUUGGCUGCAUCUACACGGACCUCUCUCCCAGACUCAACAUUUACAGAAGCAGAGAAACAAAGCCAUCAGCUACCUUUCAACACACAAACGAGGGGCCAUGCCCAAGACCAUACUAUCAACGGCCACUGAUGGGCCUCAGAACGUGCUGAUCAUUCGGAUCUGGGGCUGUAAAAGGCUGUGGGGAGGACGCAUUGGUUAUCAACCCAGUCCUUAUGCAGUUUACCAAUUCUAUCAUCAUAAAGACCACACCACUUCAAUUAUACCCUGCAGUAGUAACCCCCAGUUUGGGGAUGAAGCCUUCUAUCCUUUGCAUCUCACCACUGACCUGGAGCGAUAUCUCUUGAAGGAACGCCUAUAUGUUUAUGUGUUUGAUGAUGAGGAGACACAACCUGGAGGGUACUUAGGGAAAGUAGAGGUGCCUUUGUUGGCUUUAGCACAAGGAAAAAGCAUUCAAGGUGAUUUUGCACUGAUGGAUCCCAAUGGAAAGUGUACAGGGUCAGCACAGGUCAGUUUGGAAUGGAAGUUUCCCUACCAGGCUCCUGGCAAGUACCUCUGGGAAUCCGUCACUAAUAGUCAAACACCUCCUGAAAAGCCACUGGAGGGAGCAUUUUCACAGAGUAAGUCUUUACAUCUUUCAAAGACUGAUUUAGGUAAGCCAAGACCACCCAAGUCUCGAAAGGUUGAAGAGAACCUGCAGUGGGACCAUCAUUUCAGAAAACGGGGGAAGAGUAACAAUGAUGGACAGGUGAAAAAACCAAAUGGCUUAGUAGCGGUGCAUCAGAGUGAGGAAUUUGAUAUGGAUGUGGAGGAAAUCACACCGGAGCCUGAAGAACUGAAAAAGCACAUGAUGGAAGAGGAGCCCAAUGAAGUCGAGCACAGUAGCUCAUUGUAUCCCAACAUAGGCAAAGAAGAACCCCAUCUACCUCUGCAGUGGGGUGAGCAGGCCACCGAUUACAGUGAUUCACAAAGCACAGAAAGCGAUGACAUCAUCAUUAUUGAGCCACAAUUUCCACGCAAACCUCCUUCUUCAAGAAUUCGUGUGGAGAUAGCUUCUUUGACCUUAGAUCCAUAUUCAGAGGUGGCUUCCGAUGAGAGCGUUCAAAGGGUUUUUGUUGAAUUUUGCUUCCCCGGUGUGCCCCGAGAGGAAACCGAGACUCCUAUGUCACUCCGGAAACCCGGUAGAGGUGAAGAAAUAUACUUCCACUUCAGCAAAGUGAUCCACCUGGAUGGUGUGGAAUAUGCUGAACGUAGACAGUUCCUCUACAUGCUCCUUGAGGGAUCAGAUGAUUGUGGAGAGAGAAACAAGUUAAGGUUCACAGUGGUUAGUGACCCCAUUAAUGAGGAGCAGGAGGAAUGUCGUAAUUUGGGGUAUGCCUACUUAGGCCUACAGUUCUUGAUGAUGAGAUCUGUGGACAUUGUGGAAGAAACCCUGCAGAUUGUGGAUGUGAUGGAUCAAAGUCAAGUAAUUGGAGCACUUCGAGUUGCAAUAGAAGCAAAAGAUGCUGCUAGGACAGUAUACAGAGAGAAGAGAACAAAGCUUCAUUCUUCAUUGUCUUCAUCCCUUAACAGACACUGACUUUUUCAUUAGUUAUAUUGAAGCAAACCAAAAGGCAUAGGGAUACGUCUGAGAAAGCAUAUAUUCUGGUGCUUAGGUAUGAAGGGUUUAUUCACCAAAGGGAGAGUUGGCAGGAGAGUGUUUAACUCUCUCACUUCACUUAUUAUAAAAGGUCAACUCCAGCAAGUUUCUCGGGGUGAAGGGUUUGGGUGAUAAACCCCAAAAUGUGUAUUCCUUUUGUCUCAUGAUCAUGACAGCAUAAAGGUUUGGUUCCACAUGACCAAAAUAUUCUAUACGAUCUCUAGUAUGUAAGCAAAUAAAUGUAUUUAUACAACAAAAUCUUUUUAUAUA